UUUGUAAAAAUGGUAGAAGAGAAAGGCUUCUCUACUGGGUACAGCGGGAUCAGAGUCAGUGCCGAGGGCAACUGUUUCCGAAUCAACGCUACACUCUGGAACCUUAUGUCUUCUGACGGCAAGCGCAAACUGGGCCAGGCGGCUUGCUUUCGAACGGUGCCAUAUCUUUGAUCCUUGAGGGGUAUGUUCAUAUACACGAACCAUUUCUAGUUCAUGGGCCACUCAGAGCCGACCGGUUAAACUAAGUGUCGGGAGUGCCAGUCAAAAGAAGUCGUAGUAGCAGAUAAACACUCACACAAUCACAGAGUGGGCCUUCCGUUGGAGACUAAAUUCCACGCAGCCAAGGGGCGAAGCGUAUGGUCUGGGUAUUAGUUGUGUGUUCUGCCUAUAUCUUGGUGGCCAUUGGCGCCUACUUUACGGUGUCUGACAUCAUCGCAUUGGUGGGGCUGGUAUGUCCGCAGGAAGUGAGUAGUGGUCCCAUGGCUUUGGAGGUGAUACACUGUCUUGACUGAUGAGUGGCAAUGUUGAGUUUGGGAUGAGCGGUCGAUACUGUCGACUAGAGAGCUGCAAUGCAUCCCAUAGCGCACACAGCGUAAUAGAAUGCGAUAGUUAUUUCUAGUGGAUCAUGAGGGUAUAUCGCCUAAACUCUAGGAAGUGUAGAGAAUGUGGAGCGCGAGGCCGAUUAGCGUCCGAAAUAUCUAUACAGGUGACGUUUAGAUAUCUAAUCUUCGAGUAUUUUCGCUCACGCGCUUCUUAAUGGUGUUCAACCCAAUAGGAAUGAUAGAGAAUUGUUCCAAA